GGAGCGGGAGGGCUGGCUGGGUUUGGCGGAAGUGGUGUGGGCGACGUGAACCCGCAGUGCAGGGAAGCGGAUCAGCGCGAUGGAGGGGUCGGCAGCAAUGACGCGCUUCGCUCUGAUGAUUGUCCGACAUGGACAAACAAGAUUAAACAAGGAGAAAAUAAUUCAAGGACAAGGGGUAGAUGAGCCUCUUUCAGAAACUGGAUUUAAACAAGCAGCUGCUGCUGGUAUUUUUCUAAAUAAUGUGAAGUUCACUCAUGUUUUCUCCAGUGAUCUCACUAGGACAAAGCAGACUGUGUAUGGGAUUUUGGAGAAGAGCAAAUUUUGCCAAGACAUGACAAUAAAGUAUGAUUCAAGACUUCGAGAAAGAAAAUAUGGGGUUGCAGAAGGCAAGGGGCUGAGUGAGCUAAGGGCAAUGGCCAAAGCAGCUGGGGAAGAAAUACCUGGGUACACACCACCUGGAGGAGAGACCUUAGACCAGGUGAAGAUGCGUGGAACAGACUUUUUUGAAUUUCUUUGUCAACUGAUCUUGAAGGAGGCAGAUCAAAAAGAACCAAUUUCCUCAGAAACUUCAAGCAACAGUUUGGAAACUUCUUUGGCAGAGAUAUUCCCUUUAGAAAAAAACUGUGCCUCCAAAUUUAAUUCAGACAGCAGUGCUCCAGAAUUAGUAGCCAGUGUCUUAGUUGUGAGUCAUGGUGCCUACAUGAGAAGCCUGUUCAAUUAUUUUCUGACUGACCUUAAGUGUUCCUUACCAGCAACUGUGAGCACAUCUGAAUUUACAUCAGUCAGUCCCAACACAGGGAUUAGUCUCUUCAUUAUAAACUUUGAGGAAGGAAGAGAAGUUAAACCAACAAUUCAAUGCAUUUGCAUGAACCUACAGGAUCAUCUAAAUGGAGUGACUGAAACUUGCUAAAAAUCUAACUGUUUUGAGCCUCUGAGGGAGGGAGUGCCUUUGACUUUAUUUAUUUUCAUCCUCUGCUAUCGCUGAUUUGGAAACAGUUAAAAAGCUUUCUACUGUAACAGGUGUUAAAGCUUGAAGGGAAUCAUAGCCACAGAAAACACUAAUGGAAAACCAUUUAGAAUUGACUUUUGUCUGAGUGCAGUUGGCAUUUUCCAGAGUAUUUGUACUGCUCUGCUUAGUUAUAUCUCUGGAUUGUAAAUGGAAGAAGGAACUCAGUAUUGCAAAUUAGGGGAUUAAUAACCUGAUUAUGUUUUUUUCUUUUAUGUUGAUAUUUUUCUCUAAAGUCUGAAAAAUCUAGCUUAUUUUAUUGGCUCUUGUUAAGACAGUGUAUGUUUUGUGCUAUUUCCAUUCAGUGCUUGGAAAACGGGACUAUUUAUAAUUCCCACUGCAUAUUUAUAGUGCCAAUAUGGCAUAUUUUAAAAGUCCUUUAAAUGAAAAGUGCUUACCAUUGGUAAGUUUAUAUAAAAAUGACACUAAUUUUUAAUAUAGAAAUCAGCUGUUGGAAUUGUUCACUCUAGAAGGUUUGAAAUGUGAAUAAAUGAAAAUUAGGGUGCAGAAUGAUCUGGUGAGGAGGAAGUUAAAGCAUCACUAGAUUUGAAAACAUUGAAGAAGGAAUCCGACCAGGAAAAGAUAAAGUUCUUUCUUAUCUAAUCUGUAGGCUGAAAGGUUUAGUGUGAGGACAGCUCUGAAGAAAGUAAACAGGUACCAGUGUACUGCACAGAAACCUGAAUAAAACUGUGUGCUUCAUUAAAGAGAAAUGGCACUCCGAUAACUGCAGAUGUGAGCUUUUGUGGAAGGCACAGAUGAGGUUGCCUCUUUUUCCCACCAGAUGGCAGUGGAGAAAGGGAUUUUGGUUAACUUAAUUUUGUACAUAUGAUUAGGCCCUUAAAAAUCCUACCUAAAUGAAGACAUGUUUUACAUGCAGUUGCUUUUCAGUUUGCAUGUUGAUGAAUGUUCUGAGUCUCAACUUCUGAAAGAAUUAACGCUAAAGUGUGUCAGUUAAGGCUAAAACCAUGUCUAGUCAACAUUUACUUUGAGCGUCACUGAAGCCGCAGGUGCAGAGUGGCAUUCUAGGGUUUGUGUGUCCAGCACCAGCCGCUCUCCUGCCAGUUUUGGGACAGAACGUGUGGUUGAGCACCGGGGAAGUA